AUGGGCAUCUUUUUUCCUCCACUUCUACUUGCAGGGGAAUGGACCUCUUGGUUCAAUGUGGACCACCCUGGAGGCGAAGGAGAUUUCGAGACGCUGGAGGCCAUCCGAUUCUACUACCCCGAGCGCAUCUGUGCCCGUCCCUUCUCUAUCCAAGCCCGCACCACUAAGUGGGAGUUGCCCAAGGAAGUGGGGGAAGUCGUGCGCUUCAGCCCCCAAGAAGGCUUCCACUGCCUCAACAAAGAGCAGCCCAGCAAUAGGAGUUGCUCCAACUAUCAUGUCCGAUUCCUCUGCCCUGUGGAUCCUGUGCAGAAGCCAGGAUGGUCAAAGUGGUCUCCCUGGAGUGCCUGUUCCCAAACAGCAUGUGGCCUCAGCGGCAUCCAAACCAGACACCGGACCUGUCUGAAGAAGUCUGCACCAGUAUCGGGACAGCUGUCAAAAUGCCCUGGGAAAUCCAUGGAACGUCGGUCCUGCAGAUCUGAACCCUGCCAAGAACUCAAAUGGAGCCAAUGGGGAGCCUGGAGUCCUUGCUCAAAAACGUGCGGCAGUGGCGGGAAGCAAGUACGUCGUAGAAGCUGUCAAAAAACUAAGCACUCACAUUGUGUGGGGCGUCCCCAGGAGGUGCAGAUAUGCUCCAACAUACCUUGUCCAGCUUGCCAGCUCAGCUGCGCCACUGGCAUCCCCAACAAAGACUGUACUGGCUGCAUUUGUCCCAACCACACACUCUUGGGCAAUGUACGGAGGGCCGAUGGGAUGCCCCUUGCCAAUGCCCAGAUAUCCCUCGCAGACCAGCCUCUAGACCCCUUGGCCCAAAGCAAUCGUUGGGGCCAGUUCACCAUCCGUGGCAUCUGUGUUGGCAAUAGCACCAACGUCAGUGCUAAGCUUGAGCGCUUUGCACCAGGUAGUGCCUCAUCUGUCGUCAAUGGCUCUGGGACCUCUUUGGUGGAGAUCAUACUCCAGAGACUGGAACAACUUUACAUGGUGACCAGUCCUGACUCAAAAGCGAGGAUGGUUGGAGAAAAAGUGAGGUUCUGCUGCAGUGCCCAAGGCACCCCUGAACCCCAGAAAUAUUACUGGUAUCACAAUGGCACACUCCUGAACUGGAAAAUGUACAAUUACAGCGGAAGCUUAGUGUUACAUGAUUUGAAAACUCACCAAGCUGGCUUAUACCACUGCAAAGCCAGCAAUGACCACAGUUCAAUCAAAUCCUCUGCUGCCCAUUUGACAGUAAUAAGUCCAGAUGUUCCAGCAUGUAUUUCCCAGCCAGAAGAACACCUCAUAAAACUCCCUGAUGAUUGUUUUCAAGAGGCAACAGGUUCCUACUUUUACAAUGUUGGUCAUUGCCCCAGUACCCCCUGUGCUGGAAACACUUCAGAGGGCCUGCGGUGCCAAGACGCUACGCAGCAUUGUUGUGGAACACAACGCAUGGAAGUGAGAGAGAUCCAUUGCACAGGAUACAUCCUUCCCGUUAAAGUGAUUGCAAAGUGUGGUUGUGCCACCUGUACUCGGCCCAAAGUCCUGGUUCGGGGCAAAGCAUCAGCAGCCGACAAUGGUGAACCUCUCCGCUUUGGUGAGAUCUAUCUGGGUGCAGAGAAAAUUGGCUUCACUGGGUAUAAGGGCACAUUCACUAUAGAGGUGCCACCCAACACAGAGAGACUGGUGGUCAGGUUUGUGGAUCGGAUGCAGAAAUUUGUAGAUGCCAUCAAGGUUUUCCCACUUGACCAACGUGGUGGGGCUGUUUACCAGGAAGUCAAAUUGAUGAGGAAGAAGAAGCCCAUUGACCUGGCAUCAACGGAGUCUAAUACCAUUCCAUUGGGAGAAGUACCUGGAGAAAAUCCUAUUGGGGAAAUAGUCAUCCCACCUGGAUCUUUCUUCAGAUCUGACGGGCAGGUCUACAAUGGGACCGUCAAGGCAAGCGUUACUUUUGUGGACCCACGUGACACUGGUACAGUGAGCACUGCCUCUAGUGACCUGAAUUUCAUCAAUGCCGAAGGGGAUCUCUUCCCUCUCAGAACAUAUGGCAUGUUUUCGAUGGAUUUCUGGGAAGAAGAAACACGCCAGGGCUUAGAAAUCGGGCGCGUGGAGAUAAAGAUGGAUACUGACCUCAUCAAAAUGCUGGAACAUACAGAGAAAAUGAAACUCUGGUCCCUCAAUCCUAUAACUGGCCUGUGGGAGGAAGAAGCAUCUCUCAAGCUGGCCAAGAGGAAACGCAAGAAAAGGGAAGAGAGAAAUUUCUUGAUUGGCAACUUGGAAAUCCGGGAAAGGCGUCUAUUCAAUCUGGAUGUUGCAGAAAACCGUCGCUGCUUCGUCAAAGUCAGAACAUACAUCAAUGAAAAGUUCUACCCUAGUGAGCAGCUGGAGGGAGUUGUUGUGACUCUUGUCAACCUUGAGCCCAGACCUGGUUAUCCUUCUAAUCCUCGGGCCUGGGGUCGAUUUGAUAGUGUGGUGACAGGUCCCAAUGGUGCAUGUUUGCCUGCUUUCUGUGAUAGCGAGAGGGCUGAUGCCUACACAGGCUAUGUCACAGCAACCAUGGGAGGAGAGGAAUUGGAGGCUGUUCCUUCAAGCCCAAAGCUCAACCCUCGUGCUAUAGGUGUUUCUCAGCCUUACCUCAACAAGCUUGGCUACCAGAGAACUGAUCAUGAGGACCCUGCCCUAAAGAAGACAGCUUUCAAGAUCAACCUUGCCAAACCCAACCAGAACAACAUUGACGAGACCAACGGGCCCAUUUACGCCUAUCGAAAUCUGAAGGACUGUGAUCAAGCCCCGGUCACAGCCAACCACUUCCGAUUUUACCGAGUGGAAGAGGACAAGUAUGAAUAUAAUGUUGUGCCUUUUAAAGAGACUGACCUGACCACUUGGACGGGAGACUACCUCUCCUGGUGGCCUAACCCUCAAGAAUUCCGUGCCUGCUAUAUCAAAGUGAAGAUUAAUGGGCCACAUGAGUACAUGGUAAGGUCACGAAACGUGGGUGGCAGUCAUCCAAGGACUCAGGGACAACUGUAUGGCUUAAGGGAUUCCCGCAGCAUCCGGGACGUUGACAUACAUAACAGCUCGGCAGCCUGUGUUGAAUUCAAAUGCAGCGGGAUGUUGUUUGACCAAGAAAUGGUGGACAGGACUGUAGUAUCUAUCAUCCCACAAGGGAGUUGCCACCGUACUGCGGUCAACAGCUAUUUGAGGGAGUAUCUAAGCCGUCACCCGCCUGUAAUGGAGAAUAAUGACAACAUGGCUUUCACCAUGUUGGCACCAGUAGAUCCCUUGGGGCACAACUAUGGCAUCUACACCGUGACUGACCAGAAUCCACACCUUGCCAAGGAGAUUGCAAUUGGGCGCUGCUUUUCUGGCACCUCGGAUGGCUUUUCGCGUGAGAUGAAGUCCGAUCAGGGCACAGCUCUGGCUUUUACCUGUUUUGAAAAGCCAGUCGGGACAAAGAGCUUCUUCCAACGCCUGCUUGAAUCCCCAGCCCAGACGCUGACCGAGAUGCGCCGUGAGAUGGGAGCCAAUGAACAACGCCGGGGCCCUUCUCAAGUGGUGGCUUACCCAUCUGGAUUACGGACACAACGCCGUCCAAGCCGCCGAAGAAGAGUGGGUACUUCUCCGAUCCAACAGUGA